GUCGUCGUGUCCAUAGUCGGUGGCGGUUGUGGAAAACUUGCGGCGGCGUUCGCGAAGAAUCGAUGGGCCGCAAACAGGACACUGGCAGUGGUGGUGAUCGUGGUGAUGGCGAGGGGCGGUGGCGGCGUGGUGGGGUGUGGGCUGGUGUUGCUGUUGGCUCGACGGUGGCUGCGCUUGUAGCUGUGUUGGCGCCAUUCAUUGCGCCUGGCCUGCGGUCCAACUCGCCCCCAUUCAUUCCAACCACAGCUUUUCACGUGAAAACGAUUGCCCGGAUAUGCGCGCAAAACAACUGCAGGCGGCUGCUUGAUCUUGGAUCUGGGGAUGGCCGCAUCCCAAUCGAAGUAGCAAAGCAUGUAGGUAUUUCAACUGUCGGCGUGGAGCUCAACCCAUGGCUCGUAGCAGUGUCGAGGCUCAAGUCCCUGCGAGCCGGCACGUGGAACCUUACGUCGUUUGUGCGGCAAGAUAUGUGGAGGUUCCCUGUGUGUGACUUUGACGCCGUCGUCGUGUUUGGCGUCAAGGAAAUGAUGCCACAGCUGGAAAGGAAGCUGGACACAGAACUGCAGCCAGGCGCCCUCGUCAUGUCAUGUCACUUUCACAUCCCAGGUCGCAUGCCGCUCCACACGUUCACACAAGGGUCGCAGACGCUGUUGCUCUAUCGCUGGUAAACGACACCAUAAACAGUAGGCCC